AUGUAUGGAUGGGGUAAGUGUGAGGGUGUGUGUCGGGUGUGUCGGGUGUGUCGGGUGUGGGCGGAUAACGCGAUCGCAUCCGUCAGUCCACUACUUCUGAUUGAAAACAAGGCGCUCAACAUUGUCUGCAAUUACACCAAUCAAGAGGGACAACACGUUAUGGUCGAGUGGAAGUGGUUCAAAGAGGAGGUCCCUUACGAUUCCUUUACACCCGAAGACAAACAACGAAUCACUCGCGACUCCAAAGACGGAUCGCUUUUCAUCUCAAAGGCCAACAAAAAUGAUAUCGGGAAGUGGAGGUGUGAAGACCCCAAAAAUCCACAGUCUUUCACCAAAAUUAUUGUCAGAUCCAAGCCGUGGAUGUAUAUGUUUGAAGAGUUCCAGAAGACUAACUAUAAGUCAGCGAAUAUAGUGGAGGGACAGCGGUUUCACUUGAAGUGCGAGGUUAUGGAGGACUACCGGACAGACGCCACCAUUGAGUGGUUUAUGUACAAUGAAAGCGAUCACUUGAAUCCAAACAAAGAGAUGAAAGUAUUGCAACCAACCGUUGAAUCUUCCGAUGGCACUGAACCACACAUUAAGAUCAGUCGAGUGAACAACUCUUUACAGUACUUAACCAUCGAGAAAGUAGAGCCAACCGACAGAUAUUAUUAUGUCUGUAUUGCCGAUAACGGCGUCUCAACCGUUAACAAUACCAUUCUUCUUAGAGUCAAAGAUAAAUUGGGCGCUUUGUGGCCAUUCUUAGGCAUUGUGGCCGAAGUAGUGAUUCUCUGCACAAUUAUUUUUAUUUAUGAAAAAAGACGAAUAAAACCUGAUUUCGAUGACACCGAGGAUAACAACACCGAACCGAAGGGAACUCAGGACAGGUCCGGUAAAUCACAAGACGUGAGACAACGAAAAUAAUUAGUCAUUUUUAGUGAUAUUUUUAGUUUAUUUUCAAUUCUUUGAACUCUUUUCACGUUAAUUAUUAUAAAAUACUUUAUAAUUUGAAGUCAAAUCAAAUUACUUGUAGAAAUUCAGUCGUUAUUUCCUAAAUACCAGCUCUCUCUCUCUCUCUCUCUCUCUCUCUCUCUCUCUCUCUCUCUCUCUCUCUCUCUNUUUGUGAAUAAGUUUUGAUCUGAGAUUAAUAGAAGAAAUCAAUUAAAUAUAUAAUUUGUUUGAUUCUUAUGGUUAUUAAGAAGAACUUAUAAAGAGUUCAAAUAUGCGAUAAUAUAUUAUAAAAUACGAUAUAUUGUUAUAUUGUGUAAAAGGUGUUGACAUAGUAUUGAUGUCAAUGUUUUGCACAAUUAGUUUAAAUAAUAAUAAUAAAAGUGCAAUUUAAGUGCAAUCACAUUUUACUCUAUAGUCCAGGCCUUUGUUUCGUAGUCAUUACUUCAGUUUUAAUUAAAACUAUAAAUUGUUUUUAUUUUAUUUCAUUAAUCAAUUUUAAAUGAUUUUGAUUUAAAUACUACUAUAAAUAAGUGAUUGAUUGAUAGGAAAAUUUACUUAAAAAACUACAAACAAAUUACAACAACAUAUUAAACAUACCAUUACUUGUAAUUACAUUAUAAAUAAACUUAUAAUUAUUAAUCGAUUGUUUGAAUUUUGCCAACAUUUAAAUCUUUUGUAAUCAUAGAUAUAUUAAAAAAUUAAAAUGUGUAAAUUUUUAUCAUAAAAA